AUGAAUACCGUUGUUCGAUUGUCGUUUUGUGUUUGUGUGCUUUUUAUUUUAAAACUCGCAGUCGGCCAGUCACAUAAAAAUGCUGAAAUCCUCCAUGGAAAAGUAGUGGACAUAACCGAUCACCCCUACCAAGUAGCCCUAGUAAACACAAAAUUCAAUAGAAUUAUUUGUGGAGGUGUUAUCGUUAAACCAAGGGUGGUAUUUACAGCUGCUCAUUGCACACACACAAGAGAUUUAACCCCUAGAAAAAAUCUGGCAGUUUUAGUUGGUGCUAAUCAUGUGGACGAUGACGAAGGAAAUUUUCACAAAAUCGUUAAAGUAGUUAAACAUCCAGAUUUUUCUUAUCACGGUUUGGAUAGCGAUAUAUCGGUGUUGUUAUUAGACGAACCAAUUAAGUUCAGUGAAAAAGCCCGAAACAUUGAAAUAUCUAGUGACGACCAUCCAGGAGGAACUAGAGCAUCGGUGUCAGGAUGGGGACGGACCGAAACGGGAUACCCUUCUAGAGAUUUAAGGUAG